CUCGUACUCUUUUCAGGCGUACUGGCUCUUUGUUCUACCGCAAAGUUGGUCAUGAUCGACGGUUAUACCGGGGACGACCUCAUCAGACACAAUCUCGGGAUGAUGACAGUGAACGAGCUAGCUUUGCAGAAGAAGGAGAAUGAAAGGGCUGCACAGCAGGCACUAAGUGAUUACUAUAAUCACUCCAGUUUAAAAAUACAAGAAGAUCGGGAAAACACCGAUCUCAAGAUGGAAGUAAUUCAUCUUCGGGGGAAGAACGAGUUUAAGAACAGGAUAAUAGAGACCCUUGAGGCAAGGCUGGGUGAACAUAUCAUGGAAGCCGAGCAGAAGGAGAAAGACUCCAGUCAGAAUCCCAGAAGGGAUGCCUUUUGGUUGCUUCCUGAAGUGCUACGCUUGGCAAAAGCGGCUGAGGACGCCCGGAGGAAGAGCUCCGAAAUUCAGAAAAGAGCAGACGAUCUUCGCGACAAGAACGCAAAAAAGGACAGAAUGAUAGAGGAAC